AUUUUAUAAAUAUACAGUUGAGGAAUUUUCAGCAAACAGCAUCGAUGGUGGUAAACGGAAAUGUGUUAUGAUACGAGAAAGUGACAGAUUUAUCGAUAAAGUAAGGGAAACAACAUGAAACUUAUUGAUCGAUGUCCCAACUGCAUAUCAUCCUCAACUGAAGAUUCAGAUGAGACGUUAUCGGAUGAGAAGCAGCGACAGAAGAAACGAAAGAAUUUUUUGACGCCACUUGCGAUUCUCAUCAAUGGAUGUGAUAAAAGAUUUAAAGAUCAACGAGAAUUUUAUUCAAAAUUCUACACAGCUCCAACAAUUCAACCGAGGAUAUUUAGUCGCAGUAAAAAAUAUGAAAUUGAACGGAAGCAUAAAGUCAAGAAACGUGACUUGAUGAAUAGUAAAUUGAAUAUAAGUGCAAUUAGUAGUAGUGAAAUACAUUUAACAUCAUCAGAUGAUAUUGAAGGAUUUCUGCAAAUAAGUAAUUUGUUCCAGCAAAGCUAUUACAAAUAAAUUCCAAUACCAAAACACCACAAAUCAACAACCAGCAUUCAUUACGACAACUUCCAA